AACCUCAAAAUCAUCAAAUCUCAUCAAUCUUCCAAACAUGUCGUUCGCUAAUGCCACCUUCAUGUCCUGCAACUUCCUAUCCCUUCCACUCAAGAACCCGACUCUCAGAAGCUCACUGCUCCAACCCCAAAACUCCAAUCCCAGAAUUUCACUUUCCCAGAAAAGCUCAAAAGUUCCAACCUUUUCUGCAACCCAAUUUUGCAAAACUUCAAUCUUUACAUCCCACAAGGAAAAGGGUCGUCUCCAAAUUUGUCGGAGUACCUUGAAUGGUCAGAAACCAGAAGACCCAGUUUUGAGUGAGGGAGAAAAUGGAGGUGCAGGGAAGAACUGGACGACUUCAAUUUUGCUGUUUGUUUUGUGGGGGGCACUCAUGUUCUAUGUGCUCACUCUUUCCCCGAACCAGACUCCGUCAAGGGACAUGUAUUUCUUGAAGAAACUCUUGAAUUUGAAGGGAGAUGACGGUUUUCGAAUGAAUGACGUGCUUGUGUCUGUUUGGUACAUAAUGGGUUUGUGGCCUUUGGUCUAUAGCAUGUUGAUGCUUCCAACAGCGAGAAGCUCAAAACGCAAAGUUCCCGUCUGGCCUUUCUUGAUACUUUCAUGCUUUGGCGGUGUAUACGCUCUUCUUCCCUAUUUUGUACUGUGGAAGCCACCACCACCUCCUGUUGACGAAAGUGAGCUCACAAGAUGGCCUCUCAACUUUCUAGAAUCUAAAUUGACUGCUUGGAUAUCACUUGCUGCAGCACUGGGAUUAGUAAUCUAUGCAGGCCUGGCUAGUGGGGCUGACUGGAUUGAAUAUUACCAGUACUUCAAUGAAAGCAAAUUUAUCCAUGUGAUGAGCCUUGAUUUCACUCUACUAUCUGCAUUUGCUCCGUUUUGGGUCUACAACGAUAUGACCUCCCGGAAAUGGUUUGACAAAGGUUCUUGGCUUCUGUUCUUAUCAUUGGUGCCACUCAUAGGCCCUGCUUUGUAUCUCGUCUUACGGCCACCACUAUCAGCAGAAGCAGCUGCGCCGAGCCUCACGGAACCAAAAUAGUAUUCGAAUCCUUUGUAUCGCUUGCACACCAUAACCAAGAUGUAUAAGGAUUAUGACUCUGAAGAGAAGCAUCUUGCAUCAGAAACGCGCUCAAAUAUGAACUCCCAGUAAGCACACUUGUGGACGUGCUUAAGGGACAAUCAUUCAUACAAUUGAAGAAUUCCGAUUACUUUUAACAGAGUUAGAAGUCGUUCGGAUAA